UCCUCCAUUUAGUAAGAUGUAGACUUGUUUAUGCUAAGGGACAAGCCAGUGAGUUUGUUGGUGCUUCUACUUUAUUUUGACACCAAAGAGUUUUUUCUUCCAAUGUGUAUGCUUUUUUGCAGGCCAGGGUGGUUUUACUUUUUGUUGCAGAUGUCACAGUAUUCUGAAGUGGAGUAAGGUCUUUUGUGACCGGUCUGUCCUCACCCUCUGCAGCAGUUGGUCCUGUGCCCUUGUUCUGUCCUGGGCAAACAAACACAUGAGAGGAGGAGAGACGGGGUCAAGCAUGGAGCUGUAGAGACACGCUCAAAUGUCCAUGUGGAUCAUCAUCUGCACACGAGGUGGAUUACCCUGGAGAGGAGCACGGCAAUGAACAAGACCAAGAGAAAGCCCAAUGUGGAGAGCUCUGUUGAACUGAAGAGCAAAAAACUGGUCCAGAGGAGGAGAAACACAUGUCCCAGUCCUCAGGACAUCAGUCGGGCCCUGCAGAGCCCCACUCCUGCCCCCAGCAUCAGUGCAGCCAGCCUGGACGAGCUCAUACAGCGUUGCCUCAACAGCUUUGAUUCAGAAGGGAAGAUUUCCAGCCCCAGAGGGUCCCAGCUUGUGCAGAUGGUCCUGAUGAUGCACAUGUGGGUGGUGCCAUCACAAACAUUUGCCCAGAAACUUCUUACUCUAUAUCCUUCAGACUGUCCCAGUGACAAGAGAGGACUGAGGAGGUCACAGAUCUUGCACCUUGUCAGGUGGUGGAUCAGCCAGUUCCCGGCGGUGUUUGAGACAGAACCUCUCCUGGAGCAGACCAUGGGGGACCUGUGGGCCCUGGUGUGCUCAGAUGGAGAAGAGGCACACUCCCAGUUUAUCGACACUUCCGGCCUGAAUCUUCAUGAAAACAUCUCUCAAGCACCCUCCCCCUCUGUGAAGAAAAGGAAAGUGUCUUUGAUAUUUGACCACAUGGAGCCAGAUGAAAUGGCUGAACAUCUCAGCUAUCUGGAGUUUAAGAACUUCUGUAAUGUUUCGUUUCUAGACUACCGGAGCUAUGUAGUGCGGGGGUCCGUGCGGGACAAUCCUGCUCUGGAGCGGACUGUCAUGAUGUGUAAUGGUGUUUCUCAGUGGGUUCAGCUCAUGAUCUUGAGCCGGCACACAGCCCAGCAGAGGGCGCAGGUCUUCACCAAGUUCAUUCAUGUGGCACAGAAACUACGUGCUCUGCAGAACUUCAACACUCUAAUGGCUGUAACAGGAGGUUUAUGUCACAGUUCAAUUUCCCGUCUGAAAGACACCUAUAACCUGCUGCCUCCUGAUGUCACAAAGGCCCUUAAUGAGAUGACAGAGUUACUUUCUUCUCGCAGCAACUACAUCAACUACCGGCGAGUUUAUAACGAGUGCAGUGGUUUCAAAGUGCCAAUCCUCGGGGUUCACCUCAAGGAUCUGAUUUCUCUAAACGAGGCCUUGCCAGACUACAUAGACAAUGACAAGAUCAACCUGAGCAAGCUCCAGCACUUGUACAGCAACAUCAAUGACCUGCUGUUGAUCCACAGCUGCACACCACCUUUUGAGGCCAACAAAGAUCUGCUCCACUUGCUCACACUAUCUCUAGACUUAUAUUACACAGAAGAUGAAAUAUAUGAACUUUCUUACACCAAGGAGCCCAAGAACCCCAAGAUCCAGCCUGUAGCUCCAGUUAAACCACCAGUAGUAGCCGAGUGGGGAUCAGGGGUGACUCCCAGGCUUGAUCCAGACACCAUAUCCAAACACGUCAAACAAAUGGUGGACUCUAUAAUGAAGAACUACGACCAGAAUCAAGAUGGCUACAUAUCACUGGAGGAUUUUGAAAAAAUUGCUGCCAACUUUCCUUUCUCAUUCCGUACACAUGAAACUGACAGGUUGGGAGAAAUAAGUCGUGAUGAAAUAACCUCUUACUUCAUGAGGGGAAUGUCUGUAUGUGCCAAACUUGGAUAUAACUUCAACGACACACAUAAUUUCCAUGAAACAACAUACAAGCGGCCAACAUUUUGUGACCACUGCGGAGGAUUUCUAUGGGGUGUCAUCAAACAAGGCUUUCAUUGCAAAGACUGUGGGAUUAAUUGUCACAAACACUGCAGAGACGUUGUGGGAAGUGAGUGCCUAAAAAAAGACAAAAAUACUAGUUCCUGCCCAUGUACUCCUGGUCCAGACUCUAAAACCAAGAGCAACAGCUGGAAUUCAGAGGAGGAUACCUUUGUAUUCCCCCAAAGCAAUGAUGUCUGCAAAAAUAACAAUAAAGACUUUAGGCUACUGGACCGCUCUACUCAAACAGACCCGGGAGUUUGGACACCGGACAAAAAGGAGAAAAGGCCACACCAUCCACAUUCAUUUAUACAUGGUUCUCUAGAUAGAAAGGUCCACACUCUGCCACAAAGGAACCGUGGCGGGUCUGAGCCUGUCUGCUUCUUGCAAGAGAAGAUGGAGGAACUACAUCUUAAUAAAGACAAAAGCCGAGAGCCAGACUAAACCAAGUCUGUGGGAAAAAAAUAUUCAGAUAUGGGACUGUUUAUCCUACUUUGUGCUGUACCAUGUUUUUCCAACAAAGUUGUGCUUGUCUUAGUUGCAGUUUACAGUUGGGGCUUAAAAAUGUAUUUUAUUUUAAUUUAUGAACUUCUCAUUCAGUUCUCUGUUUCAUUGGUGCUACCAUCUUCAGCAAAUGGAUUUGCAGCUGAAUGCAUAACUCUUAAAUGUUCAGAACACAUAAGUCAAGGUAGAAUCCUUCUGCAACCAACAUACGACAAGGAUGAUUGUUAAAUGUAAAUGAGAAAAAUCUGACAAAAUGUUUUAAUGGGCUAUAU